AUGAAUUUGAAUGAACAAAAAAAAAAUAAAAUAAAAGAAAAUAAUAAUGAUAAAUUAUUUUUCAAGCUAUAUGAGUAUGUAAAUAAAAUCAAUACUUUUUGUAGCAAUGAUUUAAAUACUAAAAAAGUAGAAAAUAAAAUAAAAUAUACUAAUAAAAAUAGGAAAUCUAAUAAAAACAGAAAUGAAACAGAUAAUACUGAAUUGGAAAUUGGUAAUAAAAUUGUUAAAACGAAUAUUAACACAAUAAUAAAAAAUAAAAAAAAACAAUUAAAUAAAAUAAAAUAUGAAAAUGAAUCUAAUAUUUUUGUAGACAAUGAAUCUGAUAACAAAAAUAACACAUCUGAUGAAGAUGAAAGUUCAUCACAUAUUUUUCUCUAUAACGAAUCAUAUGAAAAUGAAAGUGAUAAUGAAAAUGAAGAUGAAAAUGAAAAGAAAAACAUAAACGAAAAUGAAUCAUCUAUUUGUAUUAAUAACCAAUUAAAAAAUAAGCAAGAAAAAAACAAAUAUGUCAAUAUGGAAGAAUGUGAUUAUGACCAGAUUGAAAAAUUUUCAAUUGAUAAAAAUAAGAAAAUAAAUAGUAACAAUUCAAAUAACAAUAUACAUACCUUGAGAAUUUUAAAAAACACAAACGAUGAAAUGCGUGAAGAAAAUAAUUUAAGUGAAGAUGAUUUUUACAAAAACAAAGAUAAAAAAGAAAAAAAGGAAAACAAUUUAAAUAAAAAUAUAGAUAUUUAUAAAGAAAUUGAAAAUUACUAUUUCAUUUAUAAGUUGAAUAGAAAAAUUGAGGAAUAUAAAAGUUUAAAUGAAAUUAAAAUUUUAAAAGAAGAAAGAACUUUACGUUUAUCAGAAAUUAUUAAUAAAAUUGAAAAAAUUUUAAGUUAUUACAAAGAAAUUAAAAACGAAUUACAUAUGUUAGUAAAAAAUAAACAGUUUAUAUAUAAAACUUUUUAUUUUAUUUUUUUACAUUAUUACUAUGAUUACACAGAGGUAAAAUUAAUGAAAAUGAACAAAAAUAAAAUAGAAAGAUACUUAAAGUAUUAUACAAAUGUUGAAAAUUUUGAAAUCAUUCUAAAUAAUAUUGAAAAAAAUGAAUAUGCCUACUUUAUAAAUAUUUAUAAUGAUUCUAUUAAUGAUGAAGAUAGUGAUAGUUUGGAUAAAAUGUGUAAAAGUGAAAUAAUAAAAAAUAAUGAAGAUAAAUUUGAAGAAGAAGUAACAGAAGAUGAAGAUGAAGAUGAAGAUGAUGAUGAAUUAGAAACUGAAGACGACAAAACAGACAAUGAAGAAUAUGAUGAUAUUGAAGGUGAAGAAAAUUUUGAAUAUAGUGAUGAAGAAGAAUUAGAAUGUGUAGUCAAUGAAAAUAUGUCAAAUACAGAUGUAGAGAUUCCUACACAUUUUGAUAAAUAUAAAGGAUUCAUGCAAAAUGAAAAUAUAAAAGAGAAAAACAAAAAAAAGUUCGCAAAAUAUGAAAUAUUUAGAAAUGACUUACCAAUUAAUACGUCUUUUUUAGAUAAUUUCAUCGAAAAGGUUGCUAAGAAUAGUCAAGAAAAUUAUAUAAAUAAUAUGGAUGAAAUUAUCUUAAAAAAGGAGCUCUAUCCAAGUUUAUUAAGAAAAAAAAAGAAGAAAAAAAAAAAAAAAACAAAAAAAUUAAAUAGAAAAAAUGAAAUUUAUUACAUGCUCCAAUUCUCAGAAAAAGCUAUAAAAUUUUUUAAUAAAAAUAGUAAUUAUUUUAAUUCAAAAUCGAAAGUUGCUAAAUAUCAAUCUAUUAUUAAAAGAAUAUUAAAUUACAUUAAAAAUUUAUUCAGAGACGUUUUAAACAACACUGAUUUAAAUAUUCCUAAUAAUAAAGGUAAUAACAUUCAUAUGCAUAGUAAUAUAUAUGGAAUACAUAUGAAAAAUGAAAUAACAGAUUCAAGUUGCAACGAUAAAUUGAAAAAUGAUUGUGAUAAAAAUAAGAAUAUAAAUAAGAAUAUUAGUGUAAAUAAUAAUGAUAUAAGUGGUAAAAAAAACGAAUUAAUAGAUAAUAAUAAAAAUUCUAUGAAUGAGAGCGAUAUAAAUAUAAACAGUAAUCAAAUAUGUAAUUUUGAAAAUAUAUUAAAUAAAAAUACUAAUGAAGCAUUUAAUAAGACUCCUUCAAAUGACAUAUAUGAUAGUACUAUUACAAAUAAAAAUAUUAUAAGUGAAUAUAAUUCUUUUAAAGAUAAUAAAAAAAAUGAGGAAACAAAUAAUUUUUCAAAUAUUGAUAAUUUAAUUAAAAAUAAAAUAUUAUUGUUAACUAAUGAUGAAAGCGAAAUUAAUAAAAUAUAUAACAAUAUUAACAUAAUAUAUUUUAACAAAUAUAUAGAUGAAUUUGAAUAUUACAAAAAAUAUAAAAUAAAAUGCAAAUGUAUGAGAAACAUACUAAAUUUUAUCUAUAAAAAAUCAUUAAUAGAUGAAAAUAGCAUAUAUAUAGAUGAAUACAGUUCUUUAGAAAAUGUUUAUGUUAGUACUAGAUUAAAAAUAUUAAAUAAUAAUAUUUUUAAAAAUUUUCAUUAUUUUUCUAACAAAGAUAUUUGCAAAUAUAUAAAAAAUAUUUGCUUGUUAGCUAUAUAUAUUUCUAAAUUAGAAUUAGAUUUAUUUUUUUAUAUUUUCAAUAAUAAAUUCAAUUCUUCUAUUAAUAUUAUUUUAAAUAACAUUGGUGUAUCAAUAUAUGACAAUAUCAAUGAGAAUAUUUAUGAAUUAAAUAAUAUUCAAAUAAUUAGAAAAAUAAUUCAAAUUAUUUAUGUAGAUAUUAUUGAAACAUAUAAUGAUAAUGUAUAUAGAAUCAUAUGUGAUUAUUUAAAAAAAAUAUGUGAAACUUUAAAAGAAAGAUUAUUAUAUAUAAUCGAAAUGUAUAUCUCUUACUACACGAAGAAUAUUUCUAAAAACAUACCAUAUAUAUGUUUUCAACCAAUAAAGAAAAAAUUUACUAAUAUAAUUAAUGAUUUUUUAUAUGAAGAAUAUUUCUAUAUUCAUAAUAAUGAGCAAAAAAUAAAUGAAUAUAAAAAAGAUGCUCAUCAUACUAGUACUAAAAAAAUAAAUAGUAUUACUUGUGUUCAUAAGAGCACAUAUUAUAAUGAUAACCUGUUAAAUGAAGAAAAGAGAUGUGAUAAUAUAAAGAAUGAUAAAUAUACUGAAAAUAAUAGUAAAAAUAUAAAUACUGAAAAUGUUACAUGUAAUUUAGAUUAUUCUAGUGACAGUAUAGAGAGUGAAAAUAACCAUGAAGAACAUGAAUUUAAUAUAAACAUAUUAAAUGAAAAUAAUGUAUAUAGAAAAUUUUCUUUUUAUGAUUUUCAAUUUAAUAAAGAUACAAAAUUUUCUUUAAGAGGAGUAGAUAUGAAUAUAAUUGGAACAAUCAUAAUUUUAAAAACGAUUAGUUUUAUAAUUGAAGAAAAAACAUUUAUAGAUUUAUUUAAGGAAUGUUUGGAUAAUACUUUUACUUCUUUAUAUUAUAUGUAUAAACAUUAUAUAAAAGAAUACAACGAUUUAUUUAACGGAAGUUUGUUUUUAAUAAAAAAUUUAAGUUUUUUACUUUAUUUAUUUUAUAAAAUUACAAAAGAUAAAGAAUUUUUAAACUUAUAUUUAGAUAAGGAAUUAACACAAAAUUUAUUAUUUCAAGAUAAGGAGAAAACAAAUUAUAAUGAUAAAAUAUCUAUAGAAAAUGAAAAUUCUAUUCUUUAUUUUAUUAAAAAAGUUUAUAAUGUACCACUUAACAGUGAAAUACAAAAUAAGAUUUUAACUUUGUUUAAUGAAAGCAUAUAUAAUUUUACAAUAACAACUAUUUCAAAUGUGUGUUCUCCUUUAAUUAAAAUACUAUCAGGUGAGUAUAAAGAUAAAUUUUUAGAAAAAGAAGAAAAUAUAAAAAAAGUUGUACAUAAAUUUAUAAAUGGGAAAAAAGAUAAAGAAGAUGAAAAUUUUAAUUAUAUAGAUGAUAAUUUUACAUUUUUGGAUAAAAUUGAUUUUAAAAUUCUAGAAAAAUAUGCAGGAGAAAUUUUAUAUGAAAAUAGAGAAAAAAUAGAUAGUAAAAAUAUUAGUGAAAUUAAAAAUAGUCUACAAUUAUUUCGUCAAAAAAUAUAUUUUAUAUUCCCAAAAAUUUAUUUUUAUGUUAAAUUGUUUAUUUGCUCAAAUACAGAUAAAUAUAAUGAAAAUAAUUUCUUUUAUUGUUUAUUUAACUAUAUUUUAGGUGUUUUAAAAUAUAAAAUAAUUUAUCUACUAAG